UCCGCCCGUGAUCUUUUUGUGCCUUGAUGCCGCGAGCUUCCUGCUUGUCUCCCCCUCUGAGCUUCACUCUGCCCUCCUCCACUUCCUCCCCCCCUCCUCUCUGACCUCUCCUCCCUCUCUUCAGCUCAGCGUCUCUCUUCCUGAGCUCACUCUGACGUUGGCGUUCGCGUUGACUGGCCAGAGUCCGCGAGCUGAACACCCUCAUCUUUAUUUGAUCCGCCGCCUUCCUCUGUCUCUCCCCGUUCCUCUCUCCUUCCCCCUCUCUCUCUCUCCAUCUCUGCAGCUACUCACCCAUUCAUUUCUGUCCGGCCCUGAGGACUUGUUAUCAACUGUCAGCCCACCAGCUUCUGGUUCCUCACACCACUUCCUGGUCUUGUUCCUCACGUCUGAUUGGCCAUGGCGUACCAUAGCUUCCUGCUGGAACCAAUUAGCUGCCACGCCUGGAAUAAAGAUCGCACCCAGAUCGCCCUGUGCCCCAACAACCACGAGGUCCACAUCUUCAAGAAAGACGGCGCCAAGUGGAGCAAGAUCCACGAGCUGAAGGAGCACAACGGGCAGGUGACAGGUAUCGACUGGGCUCCAGACAGCAACCGUAUCGUGACCUGUGGAGCGGACCGUAACGCCUACGUGUGGACCCUCAAGGAGGGCACAUGGAAGCCCACCCUGGUCAUCCUCAGGAUCAACCGCGCCGCUCGCUGUGUGAGGUGGUCGCCACGGGAGAACAAGUUCGCUGUCGGCAGCGGCUCACGCCUCAUCUCCAUCUGCUACUUCGAGCAGGAAAACGACUGGUGGGUGUGUAAACACAUCAAGAAGCCAAUCCGCUCCACCAUCCUCAGUCUGGACUGGCAUCCCAACAACGUCCUGCUGGCUGCUGGAUCCUGUGACUUCAAAUGCAGGGUCUUCUCAGCCUACAUAAAGGAGGUGGAGGAGAAGCCCGGCCCGACUCCCUGGGGCAGCAAGAUGCCGUUCGGGGAGAUGCUGUUUGAGUCCGGAGGAACCGGAGCAGCUCAGGCCACGGGUGGCGGCGGCGGAUGGGUGCACAGCGUGUGCUUCUCGCACUCCGGCAACCGCCUGGCCUGGACCUCCCAUGACUCCACUGUGUCCGUCGCAGAGGGAGGCAAGAGUGGCACGGUGAACAGUCUGAGCUCUGAGACUCUCCCUCUGCUGUGUGUCACCUUCAUCACUGAGAACAGCUUAGUGGCAGCUGGCCACGACUGUUACCCGGUGCUGUUCGUGUACGAUGGCGCCAAAGGCAGCUUGACGUUUGGCGGCAAGCUGGACGUUCCCAAGCAGGCGGCCCAGAAGGGCAUCAGUGCCAGGGAGCGCUUCCAGAACCUGGACCGUCGGGCCUCAGAGACCCAGAGCACCGACAAGGAGCUGAACACCCUGCACAAGAACAGCAUCAGUGAGAUCUCAGUGCUGGAAGGAGGAAGAAACCAGUGCACCAAGUUCUGCACCACCGGCAUGGAUGGAGGGAUGGGCAUCUGGGAUGUCAAGUCUCUGGAGUCUGCGAUGAAGAACCUGAAGAUCGUCUGAGCUGAAGUUUACAUUACCGCGCACAAACUAUAUCAGCUCCUGGAGAUAUGAAGAAAACUGCUGCCUUAUUACAAAAAAAGCUUCUCAGCCUUAUCUUAAUCAGGUAUUUUUUUUUUUUUAUACAUGAGUUAAACGAUCAGACUCAGGUCAAACAGUGUUUGUAAUCUCUCUGAGGCUCCUUUGUGAGCUUGUUAAACUCGACGCUGUAUACAGAGUUGACUGACCACCCGUCUGUAAACGGUACUUAAUGAGUUAGAUUAGCGAGAUCGCAGAGAGCUCGGUCUGAGCUGAACGCUUAAAGCUGGAAUUUUAUAUUAAUCAUGAUGAAGGGCUACAGUGUUUGUUAAAGCUUAUGCUGGUCAUAAUAUGCAUUUAAUAAAUGAUUGCUGUUACAGUA